AUGGGAUUGUUAAUGUUCUUCGCCGCACUGGUGGCAACCAGUAACGCUUACCGACAUUUCCAAGACGAAAUACCGAACGGAGACAAGGUACCCCAUCCGUGCAAGCCUAACUUCAUUUGGCGGGGUGUGGGACACCGCAACGUCCUCGGUGGCGGCAAGUUCAACCCGUUUGGAGAGGACUUUAAGCUAGUCAAGAAGUGGACACGAGAACUGUGUAGGAAAGACUCGGAUGGAGACGGACGGACGAACGGACAGGAACUUGGUGAUCCGGACUGUAUUUGGAGUCCUGGACAGUUUCCCACCAGAGUAACAAACAUCACACAUCCAGGUGUGUGCGACCCAUGGGGUGACGCGAAAUGUAAAACAAAGAAUAUCUGGGUUUCCUGUGACGCAGGAGAAUUUAAAUGUGACGCCAUUAAAGAUCCAGCUGUGAAGAACGUCACAUUAAGAUAUCCACCAACCAAGGUGCCACCAACUGAAACCAACUACAUGUGUAUGACCUUUGACCUGCCCCAGGAUGAUGACUACCACAUCAUCGCCACCAUGCCUUUCAUUAACAACAGCAACGUGAUGCACCACAUCGUUUUAUACGGAUGCAAGGACAAUGUGAAGACCACCACAGAGCCCAAUCUAUGCUACAUGAGCCAAGAAGGGUGUGGAGAGGUUAUCGGAAUCUGGACGCUAGGCAUGACGGGGGAUUGUCUUUACAAAGACGCCGGCUUUCACAUUGGUAAAACUGGAACGAAGAAGGCAGCUCUUCAGUUUCACUGGACAAAUCCCGAGUUAACAGAGGACUACGUGGACUCUUCCGGUUUUACGAUCUUCUACACUCCGAAACGCCGGAAGUACGACGCUGGUUUCUUCAUGACAGGCGCAAUGUGGCUGGAGAUCCCGCCAGGACAACCCCGUGUAACGCAGUCAUCACUGUGUCCUGCUGAAUGCACCAACGAAAUCCUUAAAGGACCCAUACACGUGACCAGUGCUUUGAAUCACAUGCACUACUUAGGUUUCGAACAAAAUGUCGAACUGUUCCGAGGAGACACGAAGAUCACCGAUCUGGCAUACGAUCCCGUUUACAGCUACGACACGCCUGUUGUUCACCGGUACGACGAGCCUGUAGAGAUUCGACCCGGAGACCACCUGAAGACGACGUGCGUGUUUCGCUCUCUCUCCAAGAAGCAGACGACAUAUUUUGGCGAAGGCUCUUACGACGAGAUGUGUUUUGGCUUGUUCACGGUGUACCCCAAACAGAACGUCACGAAUACAUGCACGACAUGGAAGAACGUCUCCAACUGCGAGUUGCCAAAGAAACAAGACAUGGCCUGUUGGAAUAUCAUGUUCAACACGACUCAUCCUGACGCCAGGGCAAUCAGCAGAAAGGUGAUGAGCAACUGCAAUUUCUACGGCAGCUGUCGACCCGAAUGUCCAGCCGUGGUGGAAGAGAUGAGACAACAUCAUUGUUUCAAAGGUCAGCUCUUCGACAUCAAACUGCACAUUUUGGCAAAUUCACACAAAAUAGAGGACAUCAAACUUGCCUCUGCUCUGAGGUCAUGCGACUGUCAAGUGGCGCCCCCACCUGUCCAGUCGCCCAACCCCAACAGUGGCGCGGUCGUGCUGAUUUCUGUUUGGACAACCUUGUCCAUCACCGUCUUGGUUCACCUAGUCAUGUAGUUGAAACAGAUGUGGAUCUGCUCACUGGAAAGCGAGUUGUAGCAACAUAAUAAUAACAACAACAUAAUAAUAAUAAUACAUAU